AUGUCUACCAACAAUCUGGCAGAAUUUCUAGCGGGCGCACAUGUGGCUGCCGAGGUGUUUGAGUUACGGCCCGACUACCGAGCCUUUUUGAUGGUCGUCGACGGCCUUCCAACAGGGCCCAGCAACGACUUGAGCGAGAACUUGCUGCAGGAAGCCGAAGCUAGCGCAAGAGAGAAAUUUCAAAAGCAACCCAUUGCAGAGUUUCCCCACGUGGCGGCCUGGCGAACGGCGUACAAGGCAUUCGGUGCUAAGCCCCAGAAGUACCGCAACAGUCUCGAGGCACUUACACGACGAGUGGAAACUGGUGGUUUACCGAGAGUCAACCGGCUCACGGACAUCUACAACGCCAUUUCGGUCAAAUAUCAACUUCCAUUUGGCGGCGAGGACCUGGACAAAUACCACGGGAGCCCGCGAUGCAUCCGCGCUACAGGCCAGGAAAACUUUGAAGUGACGGCCAGUGGUGCAACAGUCAUUGAGCAUCCAGACGCCGGAGAGGUAGUUUGGUGCGACGAAGGUGGUGUUACCUGUCGCCGGUGGAAUUGGCGUCAAGGCCCCCGCACUGCUCUCACCGACUCGACCACACGAGCACUCUUCAUCAUCGACAUACUCGAUCCGAUUACCGACGAUGUAGUUGAUGCCGCCGUUGCAGAACUCACCUCUGCGUUGAGGCAGCUGAACCCGGAUAUCGUUGUUGAAACCCGGAAAAUUAGCAAUCCCUCAAGGCAAUGA